CUACAGCCAUUUUAAUUCUCACCUGAUCUCUUACCCACUUGUCCAUUCUGCACCACUUGCACUGUUGUAUGAUUGCUUUGAUUUGGAGAACCUUAGCAGUUGCAGGGAGGAGAGGACUGAAGGUGAUUUGAAGACAUUUUGGGCACAAUUGGGAGGUAGAAGAGUGGAUGUCAUAUUUCAGCAGGUGCAAAAUGUGCUGCUGUUGCUGAAGCAAAAGAUCAAGAAUGGAACUGCCACAAACCAAGAAUGCUGGCAGGCUUGGACACUGGUAAAUGAAGCUAAUCUAGGUGAUCUCUUAACCCUGGCAAAUGUAAGUGAUGUGUUUGACAGAGAUGGCAUACAGGAAACUAAGCCCAACUUGCAGCAUCUUCUUACAGGUGACAACACUGCAAACUCUGUGGAAGGUUCUCACAGCAAAAAGGAGGAGAUGGAAAAAACAGGUUCAGGGAAUAAAGAAGCAUCUAGUAGAAUUCAAGAUUUACCUUUAAACCUCCAGUAUCGGAACCACAAGUGCUGUAGUGCAUGCCUUGCCAACAGAGCACCGGGCUCCUACAGGGGUGAAAAUCCUCUUAAGAUACCAAUCCUGCUUCACUUUCAAAGACGCCAUGCAAAAGCAGACUGUCUUUCAAAAUCACUGGAUGUGAAUUACAAAGCUCCUUGUGGCCGAAGUCUGAGAAGCUUCCAAGAUGUGCAAAAUUAUCUGUUUGAAACAGAGUGCAAUUUUUUAUUUGUUGAUCACUUCUCCUUCAACACUUAUGUACUGUUGGGCAGGAACACUGUAAAUCCUGAACCCCUCGUGUUUGAUUUUGAUAUUAGCAAUGGAGCCGAGUCUGUGCCUGUUUCCUUCUGUAAUCAUCUUGACCGCGCAAGGUUACCUUAUUUCAAAUAUCGGAGGGCAUCGUGGCCACGUGGAUAUUAUCUUAACAAUUUCUCCAGCAUGUUUGUUGAUUCAUGUAACUGUACAGAUGGCUGCAUUGAUAGGGCAAAAUGUGCAUGCCUACAGCUAACUGCAAGAGGCAGCAGUAAAAUUUCUCUAUCUCCAAGUAGUAAAACAUCCCAUGGAUACAGUUACAAAAGACUGGAGAGACCUGUUCCUAGUGGAAUUUAUGAGUGUAGUGUAUUGUGUAGGUGUGACAAGAUGAUGUGUCAGAACAGAGUUGUACAGCAUGGCAUUCAAGUCAGGUUGCAAGUGUUCAACACAGAGAAGAAAGGCUGGGGUGUCCGCUGCCUAGAUGAUAUCGACAAGGGGACAUUUAUUUGCACUUACUCAGGCAGAUUAAUGAGCAGAGCUGAAGGUCAAGGAUUGGGAGGUGCUGGUCAAGAGUUGAAAGAGAACAGUGCUGUGAGGGACAGAGGCCAUGGCUUUUUUUCAAGAAAAAGAAAACUUGACACUGAUUGUUCAGACUCAGGCAAAAAUGCCAUUCUUGAGAAGCAUGAAUCUUUGUCUCCGACUGUGAAUAAUGAAAACAAAUCAACCCU